AUGGACGAUCUUCCGAAUGAAGUGGUCGAAUUUUUACUCUAUUUUGCGCGGGUGAUUGAUGAGGAAAAUGUUGCCGAAAUCCACACUCUUUACGAGCAUGGAUUCCCUGACAUCACCGAUCGCUUCUUCCGCGAACGCAUGUGGCCUGAUGAGGCGACCGUCGCCAACAUUGUAGGCGCUGACAACCAUUUGUUCCUGAUCCUCUACAAGGAGCUGUAUUAUCGCCAAAUCUACGCCCGCAACCAACGGGGACCGCUAUUGGCCCAUCGCUAUGAGAGCUUCAUGAAUUAUCAAGAUCUUUUCUCCGAGAUCUUGGGAAGUAAAGAACCGCUUGCCUUGUCGCUGCCCAAUAUCUGGUUGUGGGAUAUCGUUGAUGAGUUUGUGUAUCAGUUCCAAGCUUUCUGCCUUUACAAGGCCAACCCAGGCAAGCGCGCGGCCGAGGAGAUGGAUGAGCUGAUGCAUAUCGAAGACAACCAAAACGCAUGGAACAUCUACCCGGUUUUGAACAUUCUCUAUUCGCUAUUGGCCAAGUCACAAAUCACGCAACAAUUGCUUGCUAUUAAGAAUCGCAAAAACGCCGAUCAGGUCGCUGACGAAUUCGGGAAAACGACGCUGUAUUUCAAGUUGGGCUACUUCUCAUUGGUCGGGCUCCUGCGCACCCAUGUUCUACUUGCCGACUACCAUCAGGCGCUGAAGACCGUGGAAUGCUUGGAACUGGACCCGAAGGGCCUCUACAAUACGGUCCCCUCGUGCUUUGUGACGUUGCAUUACUUUGUCGGUUUCUCCCAUAUGAUGAUGCGGAAUUAUGGUGAAGCGACCCGCAUGUUCGUCAACUGUCUGCUCUUCAUCCAGCGCACGAAGUCGCUGCAGCAGCAGCAAAAGAAGAAUUUCCAAUAUGAUGUGAUUGGCAAGACUCACGAUCAAUGCUUCCACCUGCUUGCCGUUUGCCUUUCACUGCAACCACAGCGGAUCGACGAAUCGAUCCAGUCACAGCUCACCGACAAGAUGGGUGACAAACUCAGCCGCAUGGCCAACGGCGACAUCGACGAAUAUAAACAAGCUUUUACCACCGGUUGCCCGAAAUUCCUGUCGCCUACGACCGUGGUCUACGAGGGAGGAAAUCAGUCUAAGGAGCCGCUGCUUCGCCAGUGCCAGGCUUUCCUUGACGGAAUCGAAAGCCAGCGGGCCGUCCCUAUUUUGCGGGGAUAUCUGAAGCUGUACACCUCGCUGCCGACCCAAAAGUUGGCUUCGUUCAUGGACGUGCACGAGGGCGAGUUUGAUACGUUCCUGGGAAAACUGCUUUCGUUCAAGAUGCUCGUUUCCGGCCUUGGAAAGGGACAGUCCGAUGAAAUCGAGGACACAGAAAGCGCUCCACAGGAUAUCGAUUUUUACGUUGACAAAGACAUGAUCUGCAUUGCCGACACCAAAGUCUCGCGCCGCGUUUGCGAGCAUUUCAUCAAGCAUAUCCACAAGCUUGUCGAGGUGCAAAAGAUGCUGAAGGUCGAACCGAAGCCU